UACUCUCACUGUUACUCCCACUCCCACAUUCGGCGUUUCCUCUGUCAAAGGUCGAUAUGUCGUCUGUUGCCGACAGAACAGAGACACUUUGGGUGAGAGAUAAGAGGCGGAUAAUCCUCACCUCACUCGAAACAUAAAGGAUAAAUGUAUAUAUAUAUACAUACUUGGCGGAGGUACAGACGUAAACAUUAGUAAGAGACCGGACUGGCAGAUAACAUUCGUCUGGCACGAUAAAUACUACAACGACUGCUGUUGGGUUCAUUGGAAACGUCCUGUCAAUCAUUUGAAUAAAAAAAGUCCGUCUGGUCUCAGGAAAGAAAGAAAAGAGAAAAACAGGAAGAAAAAUCAACAAUACUUUCGCCGUGAAUUGGGAAUUUCUAUUAUGCAGUCUCACUAGCUAGGUGUAUAUAUAUUUAUACACACACACACACACACACACACACACACGAAAUAUAGAUGUGUGUGUGUGUGUGUGUGUUUUGCGGUUUGUCAUUCAGCUUCACGAACAGAAGUGUUUUCAUUAACAGAAAUCAACGGAAUUUAAUGAAACCAAAUCAAAGUAAUUCAUCGUAAUCCAACGAAAAUUCAAUCAAAUCCUACGAAAGCCACCCGAAACUGACGACCGACAAUUACUAUAUUCUUCCAUUAAGAAUACUAUUAGAGAGAGAGAGAGAGAGAGAAAGAGAGAGAGAGAGAAAGAGAGAGAGAGAAAGAGAGAGAGGGGAGAGAGAGAGGAGAGAAGUGUGUGUGUGUGUGUGUUAAAGGGAAAGAGAAAAUAAUGGGGAGUCGCGAUGAGAAUCUUUCUACUCAAUUCUUCGCAACCGGUCUCGACAUUUCUGCCUUUGCCGAGUAUAUUUGGCAGGCAAUCGAGUAUUUCCAGGAGUAUCCCUCUCUGCCGAUCUUGUGUGUCUUCGGAGCCACAUACCUCGCCUACUACCUGCUCUACGUCGGAAAGAAACCCCAGCUGGUUUGUGGAGAUGAAAAACUUUUAAAAUUCAUUACAAAACACUGCCCCAUUUUACACGAAAAGUUCUGGCCAACAUUUUGGUGUUUUGAAGCAAGAGCACAAACAAUCGUUCGGACAAUUUUAAAAUCUUCUCCUCAUAUUCCUUACCAAAGUGAAAUCUUAAAAACCCGUGAUGGUGGUCGCAUUCAAAUAGAUUGGUUAGAAAACCAAAAUCCAGACCAUCCUGACCCAGCAAAGCGUCCUACAGUUAUACUUUUACCUGGAUUAACAGGAAACAGUAGAGAAACUUAUGCACUUCAUAUAGUACAACAAUCAUCUAUUUUAGGAUAUAGGUCAGUUGUAUUUAAUUACAGAGGAACGAGUGCAAAUGAAGAUAAGCUUUUAACACCAAGAACAUAUUGUGCCACUGAUACAGAAGACUUAGAGACUGUUGUAAAUCAUGUGAAAAAUUGUUACCCAGAAGCACCAUUAUUUGGGGUAGGAAUCUCCCUUGGUGGGAUGAUAAUGACUGGUUAUUUAGCAAAAUGUGGUGAAAAUGCUGUCUUCCAAGCUGCUAUGGCUGUAUCAGCUGCCUGGGAUUCUUUUGAAUCUUCAAAAACUCUAGAACAACCAAUUAAUUAUCUCCUUUUCAACAAAUACUUGGCCAGGAAUCUAGUAAAUUUGGUCCAUAAAAAUAUUGAGUUAUUUGAACAUCAUUUUGAUAUGGACUACGUAAUGAAGAGCCAGACUAUAAAAGAAUUUGAUGACAGAUUCACUGCUAAACUCUUUGGUUAUGGUACUUGGGAAAAAUAUUAUAGAGAUGCCUGCCUGAAUGACAAGCUUCAUCUCAUUAAGAUACCACUUCUCUGUCUAAAUGCCGCUGAUGAUCCUUUCUCUCCAUAUCAUGCAAUUCCAGUUGCGCAGGCGAAAGAAAAUAAAAACGUUGCCUUCGUUAUAACUUCCCAUGGUGGUCAUAUUGGAUUUAUGGAAGGAAUUUUUCCACGCCAUGCAAACUACAUGGACCGCCUUUUCGUACAGUUUGCUGAUGCUAUUUUUAAACAUGCACACACGGAAUUAAAAACUGAUUAAGUAGAUUAUAAUGAACAUUUCUCCCACUCACACACACUUUUACAUCCAUUAUACAUUAUACAACUUGAAUUUAAUGGAACAAAAAAAUUAUUUCAUUUUCCAAAUAAUUUUAUUUUCAUCAGUUAAUUUCAUUUUUCUCAAUUUGAGUGGGGAGCUUAUUUAAAAACGUAAUAGUUUUAAUUUUAGACUUCAAGAUUUUAAGUGAAAUUAUAAUUAAUGUGAUUUAAUUAACCGAUCAACAUUUUCUGUAUAAGUUUAUUUUCCUUUACAGCUAUAUUUGUAACUUAAUUAAAUUAUUAGUAACUUUAGUGAUAUAAACUAGCUAAGCUCUCCAGUCAAUGUGUGCAUGUGUGUGUGGGACUAAUAGCUAAACGUAGGGGAUUCCAGAGUAUGGUAGGGUCCCAUUUGUCUGUUUACUUAAUUUUAGUGGAACUAUAUAAAAGAUAUUUUUUAUUUUUGAGACACAAUAUGUCCAGUCUCUUUAGCAGACGUUGUUGUUAAUAUAGACUUAUUAAUUUACCAAUUUACAUUGAUUAAUGUGUAAAUAAUUACAGUGGAGUUGUAAUUGUUAUAGCAGCAACAACGACAGUAAUAGCAAUAACAAUACAUACCUUAACUGUUUCGGUUCCAAUGGAUUUGUGUGGUUUUGUUCAGUUAUCGUUUUAUUUUGUAUGGCAUUUGAUAUUAUGUUUGUCAUUCAUCAGAUGGGACAUCUCCAGCCCAUUGCCAGAAUUAGCUGUGAUAAAUACUUGUAGUGGUUUUCAGCCUCUACAGGCUUGCUCUGCCUGCUAGAAAUAGCAGCUAAAAUCUCCCUCAAACCACACCCUACUGUCUUAAAAAUAAUAGAAAUGAUGUGGGUGGUGUAGUCAUAGAUUAUAUAAAGACAGGAUAGUCAUGGCUGGGAGACCUUUGAUCAUAGGUCUGCUCAAUCAGGGUAGACUUUGGGGCUAAACAACUGCAACAACAACAACAAAAACUUCUUGUGAUUUCUUUGAGAUUUUUCAGUGAGAAAAUCCUUAUUUUUGUCAUUGAUAAGACGGUCUCCGCAGAAAGUAUCUCUACUUCUGGAUUGUACACAUUCCAACAAACUCUUUCCUGUCAGUGGAACUGGUUGUGCGUUUGUGAGAGAGAGAGAGAGAGAGAGAGAGAGAGAGAGAGAGAGAGAGAGAGAAGAGGUGGAAAGAGAGACUUGUUUUAAUGCAGUCAUCGUUUAAGGAAUAUUUUAUACAUAAUGUAUCUAAUGUAUAUAGAAGACAAUAUUUAUUUUCAUCCAAUGCUAAAUUUGUUUUGCCAUUACUACUAAGGCAUAUUAACCUUGCUGGUCAGAGAGGGCUUGUGAAGGCCAAAUAUAUUUGUGGAAAGGUUGAUAUUUGCAUGGCUUGUCAGCCAGAACAAGAGUUCUUCAGUCCAAUAUAAAUGUCAACCAGUCAAUAAUGAAAUUGAAGAGGUUACCUGUAUUAUCAACUAAGCUAAUUGGGGCACCUGGCAUAAUGCAAAACCUUAAACAAAGUAUUUUAUUUGGUUAAUUCGGAGAAAGGUAAACUAAGGGGUUGUUGGUGUGUUGCAGUGAAAAAAGGAGAACCAAGACCUGUGUGUUACAACACCCCAAUGACUCUUCUAGGGGAUGAGGGUCCAAGGCAAGAAUGAAAAGUGGUUGUAAUCUUUGGGUGAGAAAUAGUAUUCUCUGAACAUCUGAGGUAUUUAAUGGUCAUCUGUAGUAUCCAAUAGGGGUCAGUUUGACAAUAGUAAUGAUGAACUGUAUUUGUAGAUAUUAGGACACUAUGGUAGUCUGUAUUAGUAGGGGCCAGUUUAAGAAUAUAGUAGUGGUUUGUAUUAACAGGGUCCAGUUUUAAGUGACUAGUGACAAUAUUGUCAGGAACCAUAUUUGUGGUCUCUAUUGAAUCACGGCUGUGUUGAGAAAUUCAAUUGAACAUUUGGUUCUAUAAUAACUGAGAUAAUCGGAUGAUUGUUGGGUACAACUGGACCCUGUAUUGGAAUAUUGGGAGCUUCAUUAAAAUUAAUAAAGUGAAAUGCUGCAGAGAUUAGUGUUAUCAUUAGGGCUUAAAACUCUUUGUAGAUUGUCCUUAAUUUUAAAGUUAAUUAAUCGAUAAAUAGAAAGUUGCUGUAUAAAGAUGAGGACUUAUGCAUUUCAUAGAGUUCUCAUCACGGUUUAUAUUUGUCUAAAUAGAUUUAAUGCACUCAUAUUUCAGAUGUACAGAUGUGCGUGUGUGUGUGUAAAAAGAGAGAGAGGGUGGGGGUUUUGACUAUUACUUACCCUUACACAUAUGUCAUAGCUUGUACCUUGUUUGACAACACACAAAUGCAAGGAAUGAUGUGUCACAACCUCACGCCCUAUUUGAAAACACCCACACAUUUUCCCUUUUUUUACAAAUCAUACUUUACAUAUUUCACACAACUAAACACAUACCUCCUCAUACUACAAGCAUGCACGCCCACAUGCACAUGCCCCACCCCCCACACACAAACACAAACAUUCUCUCUCUCUCUCUCAACAAUAAUAACUUUUUAAACGAUUAAUUUCUUUCUUCUAAUAUUUGCUGGACAUAUCUAUAAAGAUCUAUUAAUUUAGUUCAAAUUAACUAAUUUUCCUAAUUUUUUUUAUCAACAUGAGUUUGAUGGAUCUUCAAAUUCAAUCAUUUUCUCUGAAUUUUAGUCAUAGAUAUUUUGUUUUUUCCCUUCGUCAAGUUACUCACUUCACUGUUAAGUGGAAUUGUUAAUCUGUAAACUGGAGCAAGUUAUUUACCUUGCUUACAGCUAUGUUAUUGCCUAAGGUAGAAUUGGAACUCAUGACCUUUGUAUUCGGUAGUCCAGUACUUUAAGCACUCAACCACCCAGCCUCUUGGAUUUCAGUCUUACUACAUUUAAUUCACACUUGAAAAGUGCAUCAGAGUUUAUAUAAAACAAAGCAUUUUAUUCCUUCAAACCCAUUUUACCUGUCGCAUGUAGGACCGACCUUAGCAUCUUCUCAUAAAACCUGCUCCUCCCAAUAGAGCAGCCAACAGUAAAAUUGAUCCCUGCUCUAGGGUUAGUCAUAUUUGCUCAUCUUCCAUGUGGCAUCUAAGAAUGGUGUCUUUAUGUAACAGUGUAGAAUGGUAACUCCUCUUUCUCAUGUAGCAUCAUAGAAUGAUGAUUCCUUAUAUCUCUUGCAGUCUUUUAGAAUACUAAAACCUCUGUUCUUCAUCCUGACACCAUCCUGUCUCCCUUUUAUAACAUAUUUUAUUAUCUCCUAAUUUGGUAUUGCAGCUUUACUCAAAUUGAAAAUGCUUUUGUUCUCAUGAACUGACUCUCUCUGUCUCUAGGCAUAGAACAUGGACACAGUUAAACAGUCCUGAUUAUUCAGUUUAUUUCUCCAUGUUUACUUGAUAUGUUGUGACUUGGUCCAAUUCU